AUGGAGGGGGACAGCGCGGGGAAUGGCGAGCGCGCGGAAACAAGCGGGGCAGAAGCGGAAGCCGUGCAGGGGGGACCGGAGGAGCCGAUAGAGGCGGCAGGGGCAGGCGAGGGGGAACGGGGGAGCGACGCGAUGGAGGACGAUGGGGGUGUGGGGGAGCGCGAUGGCGCGGCCGCGGCUGAGGCGCGGAAUAACGAAAGGGAAGCGCCCGGGCGGCGCAGCAAGGAAGGCACCAGCGGGCGGCGCACAGGCGGGCGAGACGCGAGUGGGCGAGGAGGGGCCGAGAAAUUGGCGGGAGAGGGAUUGAAGGCGAGGGGUGAGGGGCGGCGCAGGAGCGAGGGGGCUGCGAAUUUGAACGGGGAGCCAGCGGAGGGCGCCAAAGGGAGGGGCGCGGGACCGCGCAAAGGCGAGCGCGCGGUGAGGGGGAGUGCAGGGAAUGCCACGUCGUCCCCCCGCUCGAAUGGCAGCAGCGGGGCGGCGAGGGCAAGCGCGCGGACCCCUGGCAGCAGCAUGGCGUCUCCGCGCAACGCUGCUUCUUCCGCCACUGCUGCCGCGCGGGCAGACGGCCCAGGGGCGGCAGCAGAGAGCGCAGGGGAGGCAGCAGAGAGCGCAGGGGCGGCAACAGAUAGCACAGGGGCGGCAACAGAGGCGGCAGCAGGGAGUGCAGCGCCAGCAGCAGCGGAGAAGAGGCGCGCGAACGGGGGAGACGCGGAGGGUGGGGCGGAAGGUGAAGACUCUGGUGAGGGGGGGAGUGUGACAGGGGGAGGAGGAGGGCCCGCGCAGGCGAUGGAGAGUGCAGGCGGAAGCGAGCAGACGACACAAGGGGAGGUGGCGGAGGAGGCUGUGCGGAACAACGAUGGGGGCAGCAAGGAUGGGGGGGAAAAGGGUGCGAGAGAGGGAGGAGAGGGAAUGCAGGGAGGGGAGUGUGCAGCGGAGCCAGGCUCUGGUAAAGAGGAGGAGGGGUGCAAGGAGGGGGAGGCGGGUGGAGGCAAGGGGACCGGAGGGGUGGACGGGCAAGAUGGGGGGGUGGGUGGUGUUGAGGGCGAGGUGGCAUGGCAGGCAGUGAGGGGGCGGUUAGAGUCCCGCGUGGGUGCAGCGGGCGACAUCGCCUCGCCCCGCCUGCUCGCGCCUCCGCUGCCCGCUGCUGCUUCUGCACCAGCCGCCCCCACAGCAGAGGGGGCAGCGCCCGCUGCUGCAGCGCCAGGCGCUUCCGCAGCGGUGGGCAGGGCAGAGCAAGCCGCAUGGGGGGCUGAGGGGGAAGAGCAAGUGCCAGAGCAGCAUGAGGAGGGGGAGGGCGCGGAGGGGGAGGCGGAGGGCGCGGGGGGGGAGGGGCGGGGGAGGCGGGUGAGGCGGGUGCGGUCGAUGGACGCGGCCUUCUCCCCGCUGCUGGCUGCCGACCCCUCCGCCUGGCAGGCCGCUGGUCGCCCCGCGUGGCACGGCGUCAUGGGGUGGGGCGCACGCGUGGUGCGCAGCCUUGCCAAGGGCGGGCUGGGGGGGAAGCGCGCGGGCAAGGGCGGGAAGGGCAAGGGCGGGGCGGAGACGGAGGGUGAGGAGGAGGCGCGGGCAGAGGAGGCGGCGGCGUGGGACGCGUAUGUGUUGGCAGGGGACGCGAGUGCCGGAGGCGAUGGCGUGGUGGUGCUGCCACUGGGGCCAGCAGGGGUGCCCCGCACACACACCGCCGGGGAGGUGUGGGCAGCGCCGCCUGGCGUGGGCGCUGCUGUGGCGGGGCUGGGUGGGGUGCAGCGAGGCGGGGCGGGCGUGGGGUGGGCGCAAGCGGCGUUCCCCCGCAGCCACUCGGACAGCGUUAGGGAGAGCCGCGCCGGUCGCCGCGCCGCCUCCCUGCUCGCCCCUGCUGGCGGUGGUGGUGAUGUGUGGGCGGGCGCAGCAGCGGCGGAGAGGGUGAUGGUGCUGCGGACAAGUGGCGAGGAGAGGGUGGAUAGAGAGGCGCAGCAGAGUGGCGCAGGCAGAGCAGCGGGGAAGAGUGCGGACGCAGAGGGGGCGCGGGAAGGGGGGGCCACGGAUGGGGAGGCAGGGCAUGGAGGGAGGGCGGAGGAAGGGGGGGAGGAGGCGGGCAGCAAGGGGGGGGCGAGUGGCGUGGCGGAGCAGAGUGCAGCAGAGGCGAGCAAGGCGCGCGCAGACGCAGUGCUGGCAGCAGCGGUGAUGGCGGCGAAUGCGAGCACCAAACCACAGUGGGCCUCGCAGCACCAGUGGCACACGCAGCCACACGACCCAGAAGGGCAGGGGGGAGGAGGGGGGACAGAGGCAGAGGCAAUGGAGGAGGAGAGGAGGCGAGCAGAGGAGGCGGAGAAGAAGCGAGCGUGGGACGAGGCGGUGAGGGCGGUGCGGCUGAGGGAGCAGCAGCGCCGCCAGCAGGCCGCUGCCGCCCUCGCUGCUGAGGAGGCUGCACGGGGCGGCAGAGCGGGCGGCAAGGGAGGGCAGGCAGCACGGCGCCUGGCGAGGCGGCAACGCCGCGUGGUGGCUCGGCUGGUGGCGGAGGAGGAGGAGGAGGAGGCGCGGAGGGAGGCGGCGGAGGUGGAGUGGCUGAGGGGGGAGGUGAGGGUGGCGCGGCGGUGGAUGGACGUGCAGCGCCUCGUGUGGAUCAACCGCGACCGCCAGCACCGCGCCCUGCUGCGCCGCGGAGGGCACGAGGAGCAGCGCGCACAGCUGCAGCACAUGAUACAGCAGCUGGAGAGCCAGCUGUCUCAGUUGGAGCGGCACGAGGGGCUGCUGAGAGAAGGAAACUCGCAGCUCAACGAAGCAUUGGCACAGGGCACGGUGCUGCCAGCAGCAGCAGCGGCCAUGCUGUCCUUCGCGUCCUUCUCCUCCCUGCCACCGGAUCCCGCCUCCUCCUUCCCCCACGACCUCUCGCUCUCCGACAUGCCUGACGACGCCUCACUCACCUCCGAGCCGCACUCCUCCGCGCUGCCCCCCUGGCUCGCCUCCCCCUCCACCGCCUCCGCCAGCCCAGCGCCCUCCAUGGGCCGCCCCCCCUCCGCCUCGCGCCGCUCCCUGCCCGCCUCGCACUUCGCGCAGCCAGCCCCCCACGUGCCGUCGCCCUCCCCCCGCCACAGUGCGUGCAGCCUCAGCGGCCCGCUGCCCUCCCCGCGCUCGCGCUGGCGCUCGCACUCGCGCAACGCGUCGGGGCGGCGCCAGGCACUGGAGCCACUGGCAGUGGGGGUGGGGGGAGGAGGAGGGGGCGAGGGCGAGGAGGGGAUGUCGGACGAGGCGUCCCCCCAGCCCAUGUGCGCGCCCUUCACCCCCACCUCCUCCCGCCGCGCCAUCGACCAGAGCCGCGGCGCCCUGGAUGGCCGCAUGACCGGGGUGGCGGAGAGGGAGGCGGGAGAGGAGGAGGAGGACAUGCAGGGCGGUGGGGACACGGGCGCACUCACGCCCUCGUCGUCGCGCUUCUGGGGCUCCGCCCCUGACAGACGGCAGACCGACCGCGAGCGAGAGCAGGAGAGGGAGCGGGAGAGGGAGUGGGAGCGGGAGAAGGAGAGGGAGAGGGAGAAGGAAAGGGAGAAGGAGAGGGAGCGGGAGAGGGAGAGGGAGCGGGAGAGGGAGAGGGAGCGGGAGAGGGAGAGGGAGCGGGAGAGGGAGAGGGAGCGGGGAGGGGGAGGCGGGGCGAUGGAUCUGGCAGCGCGCUUCACUCGCGCGCUCUCCCUGGCACGCACCGAUGCAGACAAAGGGGGGGGUGCGGGGGUGAAGGGGGAGAAGGAGAAGGCGUCAGGGCGGUGGUGGGGGGGCCUCAACACGCCGAGCUCACGGGCGGUGGGGCCGGCAGAGGCGUACCGAGUGGAGCCGGGGGAGGGCUCCACCAUCCUGCACAUCUUCCACCAGGUCACACCCCAUCCCGCACAUCUUCCACCAGGUCACACCCCAUCCUGCACAUCUUCCACCAGGUCACUGCCAAACCGCCUCCCGGCCUCAUUACUGCCUUGCUUUGCCUCUCUCUGCCAUGCCUCCUCCCUUCCUCUCACCGCCAUUUACUGCCCUCCCUUUGCCAUCCCACCGACCUCUCACCGCCCUCCCCCCGCUGCCCUGCGCCAGGCAUCAUGGCGCAUGCGCAGCAUGGAGGCGGGCGACUUUGAGAUCGCCGAGUGCGAGCUCUUCACGGCGCGCGACGACGUGGACGACCUCAGGGCGCACCCCAACCUGCUCUCUGAGCACAUGCUCAUCUGCCUCCUCCAGAUCUACCGCCGCCAUGCCUUUGGCGCCGUCACAUCGCCCGACCGCUUUGCCACCACGCCUCGCUCCGCCACCUUCGGCCCCUCCACCCAGCCCCUUUCCUUCCCUGACCCGCCCCUGCCCCGCCCCCCCCACCACCCCCCCUCGCGCCGCCGCACCUUCUUCCGCAGCCGCAGCGCCGCCAACCCCUCCUCCCAUGCCUCGCACUCCCCGCGCUCCUCCCCCCGCCGCCACAAGCGCGCAGCAAAGGGGGGCGGGGAGGGGUACGGCAGCGACGAGGACGCGGCAGGGCGGCCGUACCCGCAGGCGUAUGGCGGCGUGGCGGUGGGCGGCGGGCCGUGGGAGGACGGCGUGAGCAGCACGGACGGGGAGAGCCCGUCGGGGCUGAGAGGCGCGCGGCAUGGGUGGGACGACGGGGAGGGGCGGGGGGGGCAGUGGCAGGCGAGGCGGGGGAGGCGGAGGGGUGGGGGAGGGAGCAUGGAGGAGGCGACGUUGACGGAGGUGUCAGAGUGGGAGGAGGUGGGCGACGACGACACGGACGUGGACCUGCGCCACCUCCGCGCCUCCGAGCUCGACCUCCUUGGCCCGCCCUCCGCCUCGCCGCUGCGCCCGCGCCUGCGCCCGCGCACGCCCACCACGCUCUGGCUGCGCCACCGCCACUGCCACCACCGCUCGUCCGGGGGGGGCAGUGGGUGGGGCGCGGGCGCACAGCAGCAGGGGAGAGGCGGCGAUGUGGCAUCGCCGUACAGCAGUGGGAGGAGGGGGGGCGGUGGACACGGGGAGUUUCCGAACCCCAGCACGCCCAGCAGUGGCAGCGCUGCAGCAGGCGCUCUGCGGCUGGGGAGAACAACGUCCACCCGCGUGGUCACUGCUGUCGCCCGCGUGCUGCCCCCCCCUGCUCCCUCCGCCCCCGCUGCCACUCCCCCUGCUGCUGGCGCUCCGGGGGCUGGGGCAGGGGCGAAGGGGGGUAAGGAGAAGGAGAAGGAGAAAGGAGGGAAGGGGAAGCAAGGGGGCAAGGACACAGCAGGCAGCGCAGCAGCAGCAGCAGGAGCAGCAGCAGCAGCAGCCACAGCAGCUGCUGCAGAGAAGGGCGAGUUGGGAGCAGACGACUUUGAGAAGUUUUUCGGAACGAGUGGAGAGGUGCCAGCGCCGACGGAGUGGAGUGCGCUGAGCAGCGCGCAGCUGGACCCGUAUGGGGUGUUUGGCGAGCACCCGUGCCCCGACGCGGGCAACUACAUUCAGAUGCUGGCCGUGCAGCACCCGCCCUCCGAGGCCACCAUGACCCAUGCUGACGCCACUCGCCUCCUGCACUUCCGAGCCAUGGCAGCGCAGCUGGAGGAGGUGGACCCAUCAGUGCUGGCGCACAACGAGCGCCUGGCGUUCUGGAUCAACAUCUACAACGCCAUGCUGCUCUACAUCUACAUCGUCAUCCCCGUGCCCACUGACUUUGCUGACCGCAUCGCUCUCUUCAGCAAGGUGGGCUUCCUGAUAGGCGGCCAGCUGUACAGUGUGCUGCUCAUCGAGCACGCCGUGCUCAGAGCCGCCACCCACAAGCCCUACAUUAUCCGCGCCCUGCCCAGCACCACGUUCCGCCCCGACGAUGCGCGCUCGCUCUGUGUGCUGUCACGCGCCGAGCCCCUCGUGUCCUUCGCCCUCUGCUCCGGCACUCGCUCCUCGCCCUCCAUGCGAGUGUACCGGGCGGAGAGUGUGCAGCAGCAGCUGCGCGGCGCCAUGGUGGAGUACCUGGGGGCGGCAGUGAGCGUCAACGAGGCCAAUAAGAUCAUCAUCCCCAAACUGCUGCACUGGUACCUACCGGACUUUGCACCGGACGUGUGGAGUCUGCUGGAGUGGCUGGCGAACGUGCUGCCCACCAACCAGGCCGUCGUGCUCAUGAACUGCCUGCCCACCGGCGCUGCCAACGUCUCCGCCUCCAAGUGUGUCGUCGUGGCGCCCUUUGACUACCGCUUCCGCUACCUCAUCCCCCCCGUCCUGCCCAACUAG